AUGAUUGACUUGCAGGUCGUUGCUCUAUGCGUCACCGCCGCGCUGGCCAUUGGCGUCUUCCUUCGCCAGCGGAGGCGGUCGCUCCCGCCUGGCCCCAAGGGCAUCCCGGUCCUUGGGAAUGUCUUCGAUAUACCCAAGGAGUAUGAGUGGAUAGCUUAUGAUCGCUGGAGUCGCGAGUACCGGUCAGAUGUCAUUCAUCUCAACCUCGCAGGUACUCCCGUCGUCGUCGUCAAUUCCGCUCAAGCUGCGCAUGAACUGUUCGAGAAAAGAUCGUUGAUGUACUCCGACAGGGUCCGCUUGCCUAUGCUGAACGAGCUGGUCGGCUGUAACUGGCAUUUCCUCUUCAUGGACUACGGCGACGAUUGGCGUGAGCGCCGCCGGGUCUUCCAUCAAUUUUUCCAUUCGAACGCGAGCGUAGGCUACCGCCCGAGAGAACUGAAGGUUGCACGGGAACUCCUUUCACGUCUCCUCCAAUCGCCCGACGAUUUCAUGACCCACUUAAGGCAUAUGGCAGGAUCUCUCAUCCUGGGUGUCACGUAUGGGAUCGACGUCCAGCCAAGCAACGACCCGUAUAUAGCCACCGCAGAGACCGCGCUGCAUGCAAUUUCUAUGGCCGGAAACGCAGGGGCGUACCUUGUUGAUUAUAUUCCCAUCUUGAAGUACGUUCCCUCCUGGUUCCCAGGGGCGGCGUUCAAGCGUCAAGCUGCGGAGUGGAAGAAAGCUACCGAUGCGAUGCUUGAGCGCCCAUUCAAGGCUGUCACACAGGCAAUGGCUGAGGGCAAGGCCCACCCCUCCAUGAUCGCAUCUUUGUUGACCGAGCUGAAGGAAGAUCAAGACAAGGGCCGGAAGGAGAAGGUGUUCAGCGGUGUGGCAGCGGCUGCAUAUACGGGUACGACUGUCUCCGCACUUGGGUCUUUCUUCCUGGCGAUGCUGCUAUACCCAGACAUUCAACGUAAGGCGCAGAUUGAAGUGGACCGUGUCGUCGGUAGAGACCGUCUUCCCGAUUUUUCCGAUGAACCCUCUUUGCCUUAUGUGACUGCACUGGUCAAGGAAGUUCUCAGGUGGCGUCCAGUGACACCGCUAGCUGUGCCCCACCGGCUCACCUCCGACGACGUAUACAAUGGUUACCACUUACCCUCAGGUUCGAUCGUUGUAGGGAAUGUCUGGGCGAUCUUGCACGACGAAAGAACGUUCCCCGAUCCCGAGGCUUUUGUUCCAGAACGCUGGCUCAAUGAGGAUGGCAGUCUGCGGUCCGACAUGCGCGACGCAGAAUUAGCAGCUUUCGGGUUCGGCAGGAGGAUUUGUCCCGGCCGGUACAUGGCCGUGGCAUCGGUCUGGAUCGGCAUCGCUUCUGUGUUGUCGACCUUUGACCUACUGAAGCCUCGCGAUGCUAACGGGCACAUCAUCGAGCCCAGCGGCGAUUAUUACAGCGGUCUUGUUACGUACCCUAAGCCGUUCCGAUGCGCUUUCAAGCCGCGCUCGGAAUCGACUGUAGAGCUCAUCCACAAUAGCCUCCAGGAAAGUGACUGA